GCUGCACACUGCGACUCCUAGCAGAUUUCUCAGCUCGCCUGUGAGCAAGGAGGAGGCUCGCUCUUCGAACGAUGGCAUUCUUCUUCCGACAGGUCUUCCUGGUGGCCAUAGACUUACUGCUCGCAAUGACCCUCUCUUGCCUCCUUUAUGCCUUUGUGUGCAUUUUCAUUGUGUUUCUGACCUGCUUCGUUAUCUUCUUCUCCUUUGGAAUUGCAGACAGGAACAUUGAUGUAAAAGGGAGGGCGAUUGUAAUCCUCGUGUCCAACAGCUCCAUCGGGAGGAUGUUUGCAAGGAACCUGGAUAAAGCUGGUUUUAGAGUGUCUGCUGCACACUGGCCUCCUCAGGAGGAAUGGACAACUACAAAGGAAGAGUGGUCUCCAAGCAUCGAGGUAGCACAGCUCCACGUGACUAACGACGAGUAUCAGAAAACGAUGAAAAACUUCAUAGAAAGCCAUUUAUCCCUGAAAGGCAUGUAUGGGACGAUGAAGAAGCCGUCAAUCCUGAUAUGGGAAGAACACGAAUCGCACACAAACAGGUUACCUGAGAGAAAAGCCUCUUACAAAUGGAAGAAAGUUUUCAACGCUCCAGCCUUCUGUGUUGCAGUCCUCUUUUGCCCACUGAACCAGGCACUGACUUUUCUGAAGAUGACAGGUCUGCAAUUACUCGCGUGCCUGGUGAAGUCCAAAAACUGAGAGGAAAGGAAACCCAUGGAGCAAUACUUGCUAAUACUGUAACGCCACAAUCAAAAAAGAUACAGGAAGGAAAAUAGCUGGGAUCAACAGUGAUGAGUUCCUGGCAGGGGACAAUUAUGAACAGUGACUUCAAAUGCAGAACAAUGAAAAACUCUGUGGAUGAAGACAGAAAGCACCCCCUGAACUGCGAGGUCUCUAACUUACUUGCAGGUCUAAUCCGUAAGGAAGAGGACAUUGAAUUUCUGGGUUGUACAGUACAAGGCUGUGCUGUACACACUGGGAUACAAACAUAGAGGAAAAAAAAGAUCGGAGGUGAAAUGAAAUAAAGGAGGAACUCCGCUGAGAAGAAAAAUGCUAGGACUUGCUUUUCAUUAUCUAAAGCCACAACUCAGAACUGUCCAAGUGAUAUGAGAUGUCACCCACCCAGGGAGCUGGGUCCAGAGAGGAGAAAAAUGAAAGCUUUCAAAAGAGUUUCUAUGAGACAUUAAAUCAGCUUAAUAUCAAGUGAGACUGAAAGCAAACAUUUUAAUUACAGAAUGCCAAAGCAUUGGGAGAAAACACGCUAAAGUAAUUCAUUCAUUCCUGAAUGAAAAGUCUGGGGUUUCAGCCUUUACAUGUUUGGCAAGUAGUCCAUUAUAUUAAUCAUGACAAUACUGCACAUUCUGCAGAGUUUUCCAGGAAAGUCAGAGCCCAAUUUUGAGCUGAAAAUCUGCUUUGACUGAAAGUUCUCAACUCGCUGGGUGAGUAAUCACAUUCUGCCACAUAACCUCUGCAUGAAAUUUCAGUUGAUAGCCUUCAUCAUUUUCUCCUCCAAACUACUGUGUGGGAGUCGUGUGGGCUGUUAAGUGGCUAUUGCUUUGCCCCUAGAGCGAGCUCCACUCAGAGGACAACACCUGCUUGUACACGCAACAGUAUUCAUGGUCUAUAUCCAGAGACUUUGUGUGAACAAAGCUCCCAAAGACUCCAAAGGAAGUUUUGCUUGCCUGAAGACUAAGAUAGCCUACAUUUGUUUGUAAAGCUUUCAGGUCCAUUGGGAUACAAAGAACUGCUGCACACAAGCAUAAAAUUAUGACUGUAAGGCAAUACUACCAUGAGAUAAAUUACAGUAUAACUGCUCUUAGAAAUGUGUUUAACCCAAAUUAGCUACAUCACACUAACACUGAAGUUACAGACUGAGAUUCCUAUAGCUGACUAUGGGAUCUGAAUGCCUGGUUGCUUUUAAUUUUAGUAGGAACCAGGGACUCAAAUCCUUUAAACACUCUUGAACAUUUCAUCAAUAAUGUAUAACAAAAAUCAAAGUAACUUGAUCUUACAGCCUACAAACCUUUUCCAAAAGAUUUUGCCUUUAUCUUUUUGGAAGCUCCCACUCCAAACAUUUUGCCAUUAAAAUCAGAGAUUUUCAAAAAUCCAUGAAAAUAUUACAAAUUGGUGUGAAUUUUUCAGGGAAAAAAUCCAAACAAUACUCUUCAAAACUGAUCACUUGCUGAACCAUUUGAAAAUUGUAAUUGGGCUAUAAAUCUAUAGCAGCCAAACCCUCUGUUCUACACCUUAAAACAGAAACAACUGCUCACCCAAGACCUGCCCUUUCUCCUGUGACCCCACUAUAAAGCUUCUGCUUGCUUGCCUUUUUAAGGGAGCACAGAACAGGCCUUUAAAUUUAAGUUUCUCAUGGCCAACAUAUUAAGAUUAUUUCCCAACAGAACCAAAAUGUCAGUGGUGGUAGAGAAACAGAGGGGUCCUGGUCACAUGAACAAAAACCCCUAAAUAAACAUCCCCCCCAAAAAACCCACAUUUUUUCACCACUCCAAAAUAUUUCAAUAAUGAAUCUUGAAAACUAAUCAUAUUCCUUCCUAGAUGCCCAAGGUGUCUGUGUGCCUGUUAAAAAAUAUGGUAUAAGACAGCAUCCCACUAGGUUAAACACUCCUCAAAGUAACCAUUUUCACACUAGCCAUAUCUCUCCAUUUUUUCAGGCUGUUUUCUAGGGACUUUGCUCUCCUGAGCAGUGGUUAGUCACAUGGAUAGCUCCACCAAAGCCAGAUCCCAGUGUGUGUGGGAAGCAUUUCAGGUGCUCGGGUGACCCCCGAGGUCAGAAAUCUCAGUGUGUCUUUACUGCGUUUGAGGAAAAACAUUCAGGGGAGGAGAAUGAGGGAAGAGAGAGCAGGAAAGCAAUAUAAGAAUGAUUAGUGUAAUGGGAUUUGCAAUUCUUGUUAAUUGUUUUAUCAAUAGAAACGUUUAUUGAACCCUCUUAUAUGCUUGCCAUGAUCAAGUCACUUUGUAUUUAGCUUAAAACUCAUGAGCCCUGGUUAACAUUGUCUGCAUCUCUACUACCCACUUACUUCUGCAACAAAAAAAAGUGAAGCACUAUGCCAGGAUCUGGACUCUUUGCAGCAAUACUAACCACCACGCUCCUAGAGUCAGCUACCACAGCACACUCAGCAGCCCAGGCUCAUGAGACAAGCCCACUUUCACACCAGCGCCCUGUUAUCCUCUCUGGCCACCCUGCCCGAGGUGCAGGAUGCACGUUCAUUGGGAGAUGCUUUCCUGCCUGCCCUUCUGCUUGGCCUGAGGUGCAGCAGUUAAUGCUUAAGGACUUUGCAUUUAGGCUAGUGCACUGAAUUUGCCUGCAGUUUAGAACAGGAAGGGACUUUUGCUCCUCAUGACCUGGCUCAGAUACCUAGUCAUUACAUUUUAGAUGUAUAUGCCAUUUUAGAGUUGCAUUCUUUUAAAGAGUAUAUAUAUAAAAGAAUGAACUCUUUAGGUGUAUUCAAGCCUUCUGGUCCCCUGUAGUAAUAGGGCACCUCUCUUGCCUCCAUGUUCAUUGACUUUUCCUGCCCUGAGCUGUUUGCUCAUGGCUGUAGCUGACUGUCCAUGUAGCACUUGGAGAGCAGGCCAGAUCUUCAGCAAGCAAAAGACAGUUUUGUUUCCCCAGCUGCAGGCAGGCUACCAGCUCUGCAGAGUUAUAGCCCUGUCCUUAACAGUGGGUAGCCAUGCCAGUGCUUGGGGCAGCUAUCUACGGGAUUUCCCAAUGCCUAGAAAUCCAGCCACUUCCACAAGCGACUCCCUUGGCCACGUGCAGUGGUAUGUCCUCGUUGUGUUGGAUUCACCAGACACAUAAUACGGAGAGGACAGCUUUCAGGACAUGUGGGACUGGCUCAAUAUGUGCAAACUAACCGCAUAGGCGCCAUGCUCCAAGGCACCACUUGCACUAGGCCUACACAUGGAGCCACACAUGUUCUCACCUGCGCUGGAGACAGCCCCUUUCUAAAGCUUCGCAGAUCACGCACAGUUGGAUCUUGCACUUCUCACACAGCAUUUCCUUUAACAAAGGACUUGCUAGCAGCCCCUGCUUUGAGAAUUCAUUAACUAGAUACUGAAGAAUCCAUGAAAGAUAUAAAAGCAGCCAGAUAAGGAGAGACAAGGCACAACUGGUAACAGGGUGGAACAGCUCCAGCUCCACAGAGCUUACAGCAGUAAGGUCGUGGCACCACAGUAGCUUCACUGCCAUUUGCCAUAAAUUAGUUCUAUAUGCUAAAUCAUACCAUGUCAUUGAUGAUAGAUAGCAUCCUGUCACAGGACAUAGCAUAUGUUCUAAGGAGCCACAGGCCCUUCUUACAACCCAUUACUGUUCAGCAUUAUUUUAGGUAGGUAGAGAAAGAUUGCCUUAAGUUUUGCUUUCAUCUCUCUAAAUGUAGAGUGCUAAAAGCAUGUAAAAAAAGAAAAAAUCCUGUUGGUGUAUCAGUAUAAAACUAAUUUAAAAGGCUUAACACUGGCUUUGAAGUAAGCCGAGAGAAUCUCUAAACUGAUGCCAGUACUACUAAAGACAGCAUCCCUUGCAGAAUGGCCCUCUCCGCUGCAGAGCUCAGGGAGGUGGGCCAUUCCCCCCCUCUGAAGGCCUGUCCCCAGGACCUCAGCACCAAGGGAGGUUGUGCCAUUUAUAGACUCCCAUCUCUGAGCAGACACACAUCACUGUAACAGCAAGUGCCACAGGCAGCAUCUGUCCGAGGAACCCAGAUACCAUGUUCCAGAACACAGGAACUCUGAAACAUACAGUCACAAGAUUAGUUUGCUAUAACAUGUCUUAAUUUAUUUUGGCAUUUCCUAGGGAAACAAAACAGCAAAAAACAACUAUAGGCAGUGCUCUUGUAUCAGCUCUGAGUAGCAUGGAAAAAUACAACUGCAGGAAAUGCAUUGUUUCUGCUCUUGGGUUUUGGUUGGUUGGUUGGUUUUGUUUUUAAAUAAGAAAAAAACCCUCUCUUUCCAUUGCACCAUUUAGAUGCACUUUGCACUGCACAGUAUCGCAGGUCAACUUGUACGCAGGGCAGGGCCCAAAAUACUGCUUCUCAUGGGAGCUUCUCACCACAGAAAUAUCCGUGUUUGCUUCUGUUUGUUCUAAUAUAAUUCAGCAGUAUUAAAAAAAUGUUAUAUGCUUCUACACAGCUACUAGAAUUUGCAUAACAGUGAUACUAUCAUGGAUCACACUGGAGUAGCAAACAUCAAAUGUGGAUCAAAAUCUUAAAUAUCCACUGCUAUGGCUGGUUCUUUGUGUCAAGACUAGAGGUCUCUGAGGAAGUCCUUUUUGUCUUUUCUAACUGGGGAGUAGGCAGGCGGUAAUAAUAAUAAAGACAUUAAGGCUCUGAUCAUGUGUGGACUGCGCUGUUAACUUCAGCAGGCUCCUUGCAAUGGUAAAAGGAGCAAUUGAUGUAAAACUGUGACCCUCUGUACAGACAAUGCAGUUAAACUGGUAGGAGCCUAAUGGAGUUUGACACAGGGACAAAGAGAAAGCUGAGGGGUUUGGAAUCAUAACCCGGUGUCUGAAGAGCCAUUUAUGUUCCAGAAAGACUUAGGGUAACUGCUGACCCACCACCUUGCAAUGUCUGAAAUCGAACAUAUCACUCAAGGCUUACAUACAGACCUGAACCUUGUCAAAAGUCUGGCUGUGUUUGGAUUUUGGAAAACUGAGGUCAAGCUCGUCAAAUGUGGGUUAUUCUGUCACUUAAUCAGUUCUCCUUGUGAGGAGACUUUGAGGGAACGGUUCGCUUGGAAAUUUGUCCAUAAAGUGAGUGCAGAAGCUGAGCAAAGAGCUCAUUAUCUUGGUUCUUCCGUAUUUGUGAUACUCUUCUUCCUCAAUGCAAGAACACAUUUUUCUUAGCUGCAAGAGUAGGAAGUGCUCUAUGAUAGAUAAAUAAAUGAAGCAAGAAGCAGCUGACUUAAAAUGUCCUUGUAGAUCUAAAUAUCUCUUCUGUAAAAAAUAAGUAGGUGACUAGAUGAAGAGAGUUCCCAAUUCCUGCAGGUAACAGGAAUAGAGCUUUCCAAUGAUUACAGUGUUACAUGUGAAGUGAAACAUCACAUACUCGGUUUCCCACUUCCACAUGUAACGGAGCGGUUAUGUGCAGACAGCUGUGAGCCAGAAAAUUACCUUCAAAUAAAAAUAAAAAGGAAGCUUGAGAAUCCAGA